AUGUCUUCUUCGAUACGUAAUUCCUCAGAAACUACAUUACAAGGGGAAACUACUUCUAUAACAACAUCGAUUGAUCAUACUACAAAAAUCAAUGAAUCUCAAAAUCCACCUAAUACUUUACCUGUUUUAAAAGUUUCGCCAACCUGUAAUUUUGCCGACUUGCCUCUUUGGCUUCAAGAUAAUUGUUAUAUCUUGAGGGGUUAUCGAAGGCCUACAUUUUGUUAUAGAAAAUGUGCCAAAUCUUUAUUUUACAUUCAUAAUGAAAGUGGUUUUUCUUCAAUUUUUCAUACAUUAUGUUGUCAUUCAGAAAGAGUUUGUGCAAACUGGAAUCGCUGUGAUUAUGUCGGAAUUGUGACAUUGAUAGUAGGGUCAUUCUAUCCGAUGAUAUAUUAUGGAUUUUAUUGUCAUUCAACCUUACAAAUAAUUUAUCUUUCAAUGAUUUCUAUAUUUGGGGCUGCAACGAUUUCAGUUGCAGUCUCAAGUCGGUUUAGAUCACCACAAUAUAGAUGGUUUCGUACAGGGUUAUUUUUGGCUAUGGGAUUGAGUGCAUUUGUACCAUUAGUUCAUGCUGUUAUAAUUUAUGGAAUUCAACUUUGUUUUGAUGUGAUAUCAUUAAAGUGGUUAUUAUUAAUGGGCGCUUUAUACGUUUUGGGGGCUGUCAUCUACGGUGCUAGUAAUAGCUGCACUUGUACAUUAUUAUGGAGUAAUGCAAGCAAUGGUAUAUUGGCAUGA